AUGGUGGAGACCAGCUAUCGCGACGCUGGGCUCCCGUCUUCCUGCGACGAUGACCGCCACUCGCCUGCCGCCGGUGGUAUUGCAGACCUAUUAUCAGUGCUCGAUCGAUUCCUGCCGCUUUGGAUUCUGCUGGCCGCAGGCGCAGGUAUCGGCCUUGGGCAGGUCUCAGCUGUGCAUUCCUUCAUCGAGUCCACGACAGUGGGGAGUAUGAAUCUACUGGUGGGCGCGGGUCUGCUCGCCAUGAUGUAUCCUCCCCUCGCCAAUGUGAAGUGGCAGUUAGUUGGCGCAGUGUUCCGCGAUUGGCGUCUAUUGAUGUUGACAACUAUUCAAAAUUGGGUAGUGGGGCCAUUCCUCAUGUUCCUACUAGCUGCGGGCUUCUUCCACAACGACACGGGGUUCAUGGCUGGCUUCAGCCUCGUGGGCUGCUCUCGUUGCAUUGGCAUGGUCAUGAUUUGGAUCGCUUUGGCUGGGGGUGAUCUCGAAUACGGGGCAGCUCUCAUCGCCGUAAACUCCAUUUGGACUAUGGCGCUGUAUUCGUUGUACGCGAGUUUCUUUCUCAAUACGAUGCCUAGUGCCAUGGGGAUCGACGAGGACUCUGAAGAACAAGAAGAACUCCACAUUUCCAUGACUGAGGUUGGUAGUAAUGUGGGUAUUUACAUGGGAAUCCCAUUUGUGCUCGGCAUUUCAGGGUGGAUCUUUUUACGCCGCUGGAAGGGGAAUGAUUGGUACUUUGACAAGUUCACGCCUCGACUGGACGUGCUGGCGGUGACCGCGCUGCUGUUCACGAUAGUGGUGCUGUUCGCUUCACAGAGUCAACGAAUUACAACGACGUUUGACUCCGUGCUCUUCUCCAUGGUGCCGUUCAUGAUCUACUUCGUCGUCAUGUUCACGGGCUCCUUCUUCAUGAGUCAGACGUGCGGCGCCACUCACGCACACAGUGUGACGCUGGCAUUUACAGCCACGAGCAACAACUACGAGUUAUCGUUAGGUGUGGCUGUAGCUACCUUCGGGCUGGACUCCGACCCAGCCAUGAUGAGUGUCGUCGCAGCUCUCAUUGAGAUCCCGGCCAUGUUGGCACUGGUGUAUCUCUCGCUCUGGCUGGAGACGAGGUCGAGGAAUGCAAACUCUCAGAUAUCUCAUACAACGUCUAAAGAGCUCACAAUCGAGUCUCCAGUUGUUGCCAAGAUCACUAAAACCACAUCAAUCUCAUUAUAUUCCUCUGGAUACCAAACGUCCGAGUGA